UUUGUUUCAGGUUUACACAAACAAACUAAGAGAGCCGCUAAUAUAUUUAAGAUCUCGCCAACACACAUGACUCGCUAACAAGAUGGUUGACACACAACAUUUCUGCCUGCGCUGGAACAACUACCAGAGCAGCAUCACCAGCGCCUUCGAGAACCUUCGCGAUGACGAAGACUUCGUGGACGUCACCCUCGCCUGCGACGGCAAGAGUCUGAAGGCACAUAGGGUCGUGCUGUCCGCCUGCAGCCCGUACUUCAGGGAGCUACUCAAAUCAACACCAUGCAAGCACCCGGUGAUAGUGCUACAAGACGUGGCCUUCACGGACCUGCACGCGCUCGUGGAGUUCAUCUACCACGGCGAGGUGAACGUGCACCAGCGGAGCCUCUCCUCAUUCCUCAAGACCGCUGAGGUCCUGCGCGUGUCUGGACUCACACAUAAUGAUAACGCUCAGGGGCCGCUGCUGCAGUCGGUGCGCGCGCCGUCCACGACGUCGCCGCACACGCCGCCGCACUCGGCGCACAGCACGCACAUCUCGCACGCGCCCUCCUACGAGCGCCUGGAGGAGGCCCUGCUGCAGCCCACGUCCUCCGCCGUGCAGCAGCUCAUCCGCCGCACGCCGCUGCCGCCGCGCCGCCUCAGCCGCUCCGCCGACAACAGCCCGGACGUCAUCAAGCGGCCUCGCCACGAGAACAAUAACGAACAGCCUCAGAUCCAUGCCACCGACUUCUCUACUAAGAACCACACUAACGCUCGCGCUCACAACGAGACCGGCAACAACGGGAACGGGAUCUCCAACAGCAGCUCGUCGCCGUCUCCGAGGCUCAUCGACGACGUCAAGAAUGAGCCCAUCGACAUGAUCUGUCCGUCCAACCCGGACAUCGACCGGAGCACGGACGACACGCCGCCGCAUCACCACAGACCACUUGGAGGCGGCCCACCAUCUCGCGGCAGCUCUGCAGACGCGGAGGAGUGCACGCCACCCCCGCACCCCUCGCCCUUCAUCCAGCCGCCGGACACCAAGCUCUUCACACCGUCAAACACGUACAACUUCACUAUGGAGGCACUCUCGCAUCCAUCCUUGACUGGUCUCCAAAGUCCUUUGGCUCCGGACGGCAUGGCGAGUACUUCCCAAGUUGGCCCUCUGGGCGCGGGGCACCGCUGCGAGGUGUGCGGCAAGCUGCUGUCCACGCGGCUCACGCUCAAGCGGCACACCGAGCAGCAGCACCUGCAGCCGCUGCACUCGGCGCGCUGCUCCCUCUGCCACAAGGUGUUCCGUACGCUCAACUCGCUCAACAACCAUAAGAGCAUCUACCACCGCCGGCAGCGCGGCGUGCCCCAGCAGACGCAGCCGCAGAACCUCACCACCAGCCCCGACACUAAGAUCAAUCCGCAGCAUCACAAUAUCGACUUCUACAAGUUCAAAGACCAGUUCAACGUCUAAACGCUAAACGCUACACUCGAAACGUUCUCUUAUUUCGAUUAACAUGAUUCUCUAUUUGAAACAUAAAGUAGUAACUAUUUUAUUUUAUUAGUUUGAUACAUUAUCUAUAUCUACAUUUUUACUUCCUUCGCGGGACUUGAUAUAAUAUUAUUUGUUUUCAAGAUUGUUUUUCUCUAUGAAAUAUUUAUUUGUAAACUUUGAACUUGUAAGUAAGGAUUGACAUUGACUAACAUCACAAUACUAUGGCUUACUGACAUUCCACUAGGUAGAUGGGCGGGCGUGAGAUCGAACUCCGUUCACUAAUAUAUUAUGUUUCGUUAAUGUAUCGAUCGCUUGCGCCCGGAGAGUGCAAUACUGCGGUAUAAUGAAUAAUUCCUGAAUUUUACACUAUGUUAAAUGUGCGACAAUAAGGCGAAGAGAAAAAAUAAUAUUUUGAGAAAAGAUGAAAAAUCUUGGUGCUGUAAAUUUAUAUAUUAGGCUUAAAUUUAUAUAAAAGAAAAAGUGUUCGUGUAAGUAACAGAAGAGGCAUACUGUUUUCAAAUUGUGUUCAUUAAUUUUGGCAAUUAAUUUAUUCUGUAAUUUAUCUGAUUGAUCUCACUCUUAGAUAUUUAUACGAGAUUAAUAACGAAAAUAUGUAAAAAGUAUAAAAAGUAUACAUAUAUACACAGAUAUAUAAUUGGCUUAUGAGGCUUUCAAAUUAUUAUUUUUUAUUUUAGGUAUUUUAUUUUCUUUUUUUAAGACUGAAUUCAGGACAUAAAAUAGCACCAAUAGAACGAGACGAAAGAUUGAUUUUUGCAAAAACAGUAUAUAUAUAAACCCGCAGACAGCACUAUUAGCACAGACACCCCGGAUUACUACGACAUACACAACCAGGACACAGGACACACAGAUACCGAUACCACAGACAAACCACUUCGCUUUUGUUCACAGUCGACGUUACACUUUACUUCGACCGUCUAUUUAUUUAUUUCUGUUGUCGACUCUUAUUCAUAUUUUGCUACCUUAUUAUUUUUAUUAUUAUACAAACAUCAGUCUAUAAAAUUGCAUUACAAAGUGAAUCGCAAGGUGCCAUUUUAAAUGAAUAUGGCUAUUUUAUUUUUUAGUUAAGUCACAUUUUAGGUUUAUUACAAACUGGUGUUCGUUUCUAUUAUUAUUUUGUUGAGCCGUUAGACUUUAGAGAAUAGUUUUUUUUUUUUCAAGAUUAUUUUUCGCUUUUUUACCGAACUUGUACUCGUAUUUUUUGUACCAUAAACACUCACAGUUUGUUUUUUUUUGUUUUGUACAAUUGUAACUACACAUUAUUAUUAUAAUAUACAUAAAUAAUAGGAAAUAGAUUAAACAAAUUUUUAAUAAUUCUCAGUGUUAAAUGUUCCUAAAUUUCAACAGUGUGAACUUUUCAAAUUAAUGUUCCGUAUUCGAUGUUAACCUAACGGAAUUAGCUUGCCAUAUAAUAACUUUAGUUUAAAUUUUAUUAUUGGAUGACGAGACUUGGAACGCGUGUCUUAAUAUGAGAAUGAAAUUAUAAAACGACCUAAACUAUUAGAAAAAUACAUUGUCGUUAUCUAAGUUAAGAAUAAUCACUCUAAUCAAAAUGUAAUUUUUAACCGUAGCCUUGGAAAUAGAGGGCCUUUAGUGCGUGAAAGUUCAACUCAUCCAAUAAGUAAAUAAUUGUGCGUCUUUCCUCUGUGAAAACUAUUCUAGUUCAUGAAACAUCACUACACAGACUUUAUAGAGUCGAUAAAGAUAUCACUAUUGUUAAAAUCUUCAUUUUAUAGCAAUAAGGAAACUUUGAUUGUAAAUGUUAACAUAAUUUAUUAUAAAUGAUAUACAUAUUAAGUAAUAUUAGUGCCUGCUUCAUAUUAUUGUGUUCUUAUUGACAAAAAAGACAUAUUUUGCGUAUUUUUCGUAAAUUCUGAAGCAUUGUUAGGUAGUGUUCACAACACUGUUUACUUGUAAGCGACGCUUUACCUAAACACAACUAAGAGGCUUCGUAAAAUGCUAUAUGUUAUCAAAUUCUGUUGUUAUUGCUAGAUACAUAAAUGCUUAGCCAUUACUCGUUUAGUUAAUUAGUAAGCUUUAUUAUGAUAGUUUGGCCAAUUGGAAGACUAGAGAUUUGGUGCUAAAAGGAACGAUGUUCGUGCUAGAAAAGAUAAGGAAUCGAAAAGGAAUCUAAAUUGUUUUUCUAAUAUUUCGCAACAUUCCGCGUACGAAAACGAAAAUCAUAAAAAAAUGUUAAGUUUUUAUUUGCGUAACAUUGCAAAGUUUGAAAAGUAGGAUCGUUGUUUUUUGAUUAGUAAUUUAGUCAUAGUUUUCUUGUUAAUUUGGGUUUGGGAAAUUAAGUUAGUUGAUUAACUAGGAUUAAGGUUUAUCUGAAUUCAUAUAGAUAAUAGAAAUACUUGUUUAAUUUACGAUUACAGGGAUGUGCUGCAAUGGCAGUACGGUAUUUCAGCUAUUUUCAAUAAAGCUAUGAAAAUUAAGAAUUUAUUUAGUAAAAAAAGUUUUCUCAGGUUGGAAAAAAAUUGCCAAAAUAAUAAGCGCUAUAGACUGAUUAGAGUAAGUACGCGUUUGACUUGUACACUAUUAGGCGUAUUUUAUAGAUAAAAAUUGUACAUUAUUUACUAAAUUAAUUGAUAAUUUUAUAAAAAAAAAUCGAGAACUGUUGUCGCACUGAAGGCGGUCAAAGCGUGAUUCAUUUUGGUAUUAUAAACUCGAAAUUGAUUUGUGAUUUCAAUGAUCUUUGGUUGAAAACUUUAGGUGUUUAAGUUAUUUUGGGAUCUCGAGAGGCUAUAAGCGUCGGGUUGGAAAGGGUAAGAAUUACACCGUGUUCUAAGGAGCAGAACACAUCCCUGUCGAAACUAUAUUAGUUAGGAUCUUAGCAAGAUUAAGACUGUUUCUGUGACCUGUUUAAGUUUUUAUCUUUCUAACGAGUUAAGAAUUUUUUUCAUAGUCGCGCGUGCGCACGCGCCGGCUUUAUCCAAUGUGUUCUUAUACUUCUUGUUGGCAUUUUUACUUAUUUUAUAAGGAAUCUAAAUUAAUUUAUUGGUUGUUGUAUUGAAAAUUUUAUAUAUUUUUUUCUUAAAUUAUUGUUCUACUAUCCACGAAUCUAGAUAUUUUUGUUAACAAUUGGCAUCUGUGUAAUGCAGUCCAUUAGAUUAUUUAGUGAUGUUCGAGAAUGUGCCAAAAACUUGAGUGUUUUUAUGUUUUGUCUUCCAUUUAAGGCGACUUUGUCUUGACGUAGCGUGGAACGCCAAAUUGAAUUAUUUUAAUGGGCUGCACUUAGCUAUAUUCUAAUAAUUAUAAAAUGAUUUCGCAACACUAUAAUAUUAUAUAUACAUACAUAGUUCUUUUCCUUCCUUACUUUUAAAUUAAAAUAAUUGAACUACUCAUAAAAUGUAAUCGUUAAACCGAACUUCAUAAAUCCUAAUAUUGAUGAUAAUGGCGUUUUUAAUAAAAACAAUUAUACAAAAAACAA